AUAAUAAUAAUAAUAUAUAAAUUUACUAACGCGUGGCAGCGUUUAUUAGUGCGAGUGUAGAUUUUUAAGGCCCCAGACACUUCUCUUUGUUUGAGUUGAGCGGUUCGUUACAUUUAAAACAUAACCAAACUGUGUACGAGCUCUUUAGUAAAUUAUCUCUUCGCCUUUUUUUCUCCACAGCCGGUCAGUCAGUUAGCUACCUAGCAGCUAGCGCCAGUAGCUGGUAGCUAUGGCUGCAGUUAUUCUAAGUUUCCCAACUCUGCAGGGUCUGAGGAUAUUUACACAAAAAGUGUCAUGGACCAAAAGGGGCGUGAGGCUCGUUUCAGGAGGGGUGGGAAGAAUAGAGAAAGUGCUGAUCGCCAAUCGAGGGGAGAUCGCCUGUCGUGUGAUGCGCACAGCCAAGAGGAUGGGCGUCCGCUCCGUGGCCGUGUACAGUGAUGCAGACAGACACUCCAUGCAUGUGGCCAUGGCAGAUGAAGCCUACCACAUUGGCCCGCCGCCCUCACAGCAGAGUUAUCUUUCCAUGGAGAAAGUUUUGGAAGUGGCCAAGAAGUCUGGAUCACAUGCUGUCCACCCUGGUUAUGGCUUUUUGUCAGAAAACACAGAGUUUGCGGAAGCAUGUAAACAGGAAGGCAUCAUCUUCAUCGGACCACCUUCCUCUGCCAUCCGAGACAUGGGCAUCAAAAGUACAUCCAAACACAUCAUGUCAGCUGCUGGGGUGCCAAUCAUUGGUGGUUACCAUGGAGAGGACCAAUCAAAUGAAAGGCUGCAAGCAGAGGCGGCGAGCAUAGGAUACCCUGUUAUGAUUAAAGCAGUCCGCGGAGGAGGAGGGAAGGGGAUGCGUAUUGCCCGCUCAGACUCUGACUUCUUGGAGCAGUUGGAGUCGGCGAGACGGGAAGCCAGAAAAUCUUUCAAUGAUGACGUCAUGCUGGUUGAGAAGUUUGUAGAGGAUCCAAGACAUGUGGAGGUUCAGGUGUUCGGAGACAUGCAUGGCAAUGCUGUCUAUCUGUUUGAGAGAGACUGCAGCGUCCAAAGGAGACACCAGAAGAUCAUAGAGGAAGCACCAGGGCCUGGCAUUAGUCCUGAGGUUCGGAGGAAACUCGGAGAGGCAGCAGUCAGAGCCGCCAAAGCCGUCAACUACGUAGGGGCAGGCACGGUGGAGUUUAUAAUGGACGCCCAGCAUAACUUCUACUUCAUGGAGAUGAACACCAGGCUGCAGGUGGAGCAUCCUGUCUCUGAGAUGAUCACUGGGACCGACCUGGUGGAGUGGCAGCUCAGGGUGGCAGCAGGGGAGCGUCUGCCUCUCCUCCAGGAUGACAUCAUUCUAAGGGGCCACUCUUUUGAGGCUCGCAUCUACGCCGAGGACCCAAACAACGACUUCCUCCCGGGGGCGGGGCCUCUGCUGCACCUCUCCACCCCAUCGCCAGAACAACACACCCGCAUAGAGACUGGAGUCAGGGAGGGCGACGAGGUGUCAGCACAUUAUGAUCCAAUGAUCGCCAAGCUUGUGGUGUGGGGAGAAGACCGAUCUGCCGCCUUGAAGAAGCUGCGGUACUGCUUACGCCAGUACAACAUUGUGGGACUGAACACUAACAUUGACUUUUUGCUGAGUCUGUCGGGCCACCCGGAGUUUGAGGCUGGAAAUGUAAGCACCAGCUUCAUCCCUCAGCACUACGCAGACCUCUUCCCCAGUCCGAAAACUCCUUCUGGGGAAACGAUCUGCCAGGCGGCCCUUGGCCUGGUGCUGCAGGAGAGGAAACACACUCUGGAGUUCACACAGACCUCCGCCGAUCCGUUCUCCCCAUUCGGCUCCAGCAGUGGAUGGAGAAACAACAUUCAGUUUAACAGAAACAUGACGCUGCAGGUGGGAGACAAAAAAGUCGACGUGGUUGUCGUCUACAACAAAGAUGGAAGCUACACAGUGCAGAUCGGUGAGGAGGUGUACCAUGUGACUGGGCAGGUGGAGCUGGAAGGUGGAGCGUCAUUCCUGCAUUGUUCUGUCAAUGGUGUGAAGUCUCGUCCCAAACUGGUGAUCCUGGACAACACAGUGCACCUGUUCUCCUCAGAAGGAAGCUCUCAGGUCUCCGUUCCAGUGCCCAAGUAUCUGGCCGGGGUGAGCGGCUCUGGGGCUCAGGGUGGCGCUGUGGCCCCCAUGACAGGAACCAUAGAGAAGGUGCUGGUGAAGGCCGGAGACAAAGUGGCUGUUGGAGACCCGCUGAUGGUCAUGAUCGCCAUGAAGAUGGAGCAUACGAUCCGGGCGCCCAAGUCGGGAGUGAUCAAGAAGGUGUUCUUCAGCGAGGGCUCUCAGGCCAAUCGGCACGCCCCUCUGGUCGAGCUGGAAGAGGAGGCUGAGGAGGGGGAGGGCGGCAGCCAGUAAAACAUGGACUCAAAUCUCACAAGCACACCCACAAAUACACACUGACAGGCGGGAGAGAGCCGGAACAAGUUACUGCGACAACUGGAGGGAAAGCGAGUCCAUCUGAAUGAGGUUGGUGUCCAGCACUUGAUUAACACUGUUUAACGUCAGGACCGGAAUCAGCGGUUGGGGUCAGUUUGCUUCAGUCUGGAACGGAUGAGGCAGAGACGUUCACCCCGGAGACCCUAAAUACAAAACACGAUGCAGUGACCUGAAAUGUCACUGGGUUUGACAGUGAAAAGGCUCAUGCAGUGGGUGAACACCCUGAAAUCCUCUCAUGUACUGCUGCCUUAUGAGAAGAUAAGCUUUGUGUUAGUUUUCAGCUUCUGUUUGUUUCUGCUUUCCUUUCUUAAACGCAUGUCUGCAGUAAUCAGUGAAUCAGUGGGUCUGGCAAAUUCGGUUUAAUUUAAAUGUUUUCCCCAAGUGGAUCCUGUCUGUGUCUGUCUGUGAGGGUGGUGUGGUGUUAGUUUGAAGAGUUUUCUGCUCUCUUGUCCAGAUUAAUGCACUUGUGCAGUGCUGAGGUGUCGUCUCAGCUCUCAGUGCACACGCUGUGAACUUCUUCAUCUGAACACAGUGACAAAGCUGUUUGGAAGCGUAUCUGAGGCAGAAGAUGAGUGAUUAAUAAAGUUACUGAUGACUGAGUGGGGAAAACUUGUCAUUUACGUGACCUUAAAGUAAUUACUGAGUGAAUACUAUUAGUCUUCAUUAUGAUUCAUUGUUACUGGUUUGGCUUGGGGGGGGCGUGAAGUUUUUCAGAAACCCGGCCAGCAUUCAGAAAUGUAAUCACAAAGCUGAACACUUACAAGACUGUUUUAGCCAUUUCUUUCACUGAACAGGAGAAAUCUUAUUUUUGGUGUUGGAAUUUAUGUUUUAUUGGGGGGUUCUGCUCACUCUGUCCUUCCAGACUGCCUACAAACUCUUCAUCGAUUACAGCUGAAGUUUUCCCUAAAAAAACAACAGCAUAGGUCUGCUGUAAGCCUGUUAAAGAGGACGUUAUAACUUAGCACUGAGGAGAAAACAGAUAAACACUCUCAGUCCAAGAAAAACACUCCUGAUUUGGAGGACUGGAUUUGGCUCAGAUUUGUAAAUAACCUCAUAAAGGAUGAAAUGUCGGUCAGUGAGGGCUUUAAGCAGACAGAUGGUUUGUUUCUUUGUAAAUCCGCCAUCAGUCCAAGUGAUUUUUACCCCCCAGACGAUAUGUGAACUUGACCCGUUUGUGCCGAUCGCUCUGCUCUCACUAACUGGUGUGUUUCGAGGCCUUGUAGACUAACGUCGGUGUUCACUUUGUAGAUGUACGACAGAUGAUUUGUUUUGUUUUUUUUAAUUAUAUUGGGCUGUGAUAAAAAAAAUAUUUCAAAAGUACACACAGCCUCGUGUCAUACUUGGAUGCACUUUGUAGGUUUCUUAUUGUAAGAAUUUUGUGGCUGAUUUGACCUCAGCUCCAGCGGGAGUUUACCAACGUCAGUCGUCAGGGGGCAGAAAUGCAACUCGAAGAAUCUUUGCGUAAGACUACACUUGAACGCUUACUGAAACCCCACGAGAGAAACCUGGUUGAGCAGGUCCUCUUCUGUCCCUGAUUCUGACUUCUGUUCAUGCUUGUUCUGUGCCAAGCUGACAGCCAUGUUGGUGUUGGUUCACAAUGGCUUGCAAAUCAUCUUUUAAAUUGAGAAAUUCAGUGUCUCCCCCCCAAAAACAAACAAAUAAGCCCUUUGCCUCUUAAAUAAAAGUCGAUUAAUUUUGUUAAGACCUGCCAUCUUAUCAGUCAACAUGCAAACUUUUUAAUUUCUAAACUUUUUACUGUGUGUAGUCGAGCGGCUCUCCUCAGAUGGUCACGGCGAAUCUGAGUGUGUUGCGUUAAUUGCGGUUGUGUUUUCUCUCCUUCAUUAACCACAUGAGGUUUCUCUGCAGCUGUCAGUCAAUGUUUACUCCUCACAUUACAGCGGCGGUCAAAUGAACAAAGUCGCAGACCCGUUUCUUAAAAAUGCAUUUAUUUUGUAAAUAGAAUCGCAUCUUCAUAAACAUCAGCUAUAAGACAGAUUUACAGACAGGAAGAGGCAGGACAGACAGACAGACAGACAGACACAUCAACAGGUAUCCGUCAACAGAAGAGUGAUGAUGGCGCUUUAUUUCAUUAUUGAGAGAAUAAAACUGACUUGACCCGCAGCCUCCCGUCGCGCCGGCUGAUGCUGAGUCACAGGAAGCUCUGCUGCAGCAAACUGAUCGCUUGACAUUUUAAUUUAGACUCCCAUUUUUAGCUGAUUUGAUCAAGGAAACCUUAAUUCGAUUCAAGUCUGCAAACGAUGGCUGAGUUUUCCGAGAGCACUUCUGCACUGAUGUCACCCGUCAGCAUUUGUUGAAAACUUUUGUUUUCGACAAAACAUCCAGAUGUUACUGAGGAUUUUAUUUGAUAACUCUUACAAUAACGUCUUGCUCUGAAUAGAUCUGAGACUAAUAUAUCGCAGUUUGUAAGUCUGGCGACUGCGUGUUAAGACUCAACAAAAGUUUUUGGACUGCUGGUCUUUAAACAUAUUCAGUUCAUGUCCAGUAUCUCCAGAAGCAGCAGUACUUUGUUAAAAGCCACAAGUAGACGUCAUUUAAAAGGUCUUAUUCUCUUUAAUAAGGAAGCCAAUUAAACAUGGAUGGCGUCUCUGAUGGAUGACAAGGUCACCUGUAGGCGAGACUUGUUAAAAUAUUGAGUGACCUUUUUUUUUUUUUUGACUGAUUAAUGAUGCUCAGUAAUCUCCUGCUUCUAGAAAUACUCCCAGAGGCCUCAUGUUGUAACAAAGCUUUGAUGACGUCAGCGCUGUGACGCUUCGGAGAUCUCAGGUCUCGUUCGUGACUAAUGUCAUCCGCACGUUUUGUUCCAGCAUGAACAGCGGCUAAAAUAUCACUCGCCCACGCUCAGUUACAUUUGAUAUGUUUUUCAAUCUGUACCUGAACACAAAACCUGUGACUGGAAGGUGAAAGUAGACCUGAAGUGUUUGAAGAUGAUAACUAUAUAAAACCAAGAACUGUGAAACCGUGGCUUUGAUUUCCUAAACUGCAUCCUGCUAUUUCGAUCUUUUCGCUGUAGGUUUUUGUUUUAAUUCUCAUUUUUUUCUUGUGAAUCAAGUAACUAAUACUUAUCACUUAUUUGUAUAUGAAUGACUAUAGGACACACAUUGCACAUGUGUUAAUGUCUUAUCUUGUACACUUUGUAGGCGAACACAAGGGGGCAUCAGAAACGCUGCAGUUGAUCCUGCACGUCACUGCCUUGUUUGCCUUUGGCUGGGGAGGUCUCGUCUUUCCUUCUCUGCCAUCUGCUCUGAUAUCAUGUAAUAACUCGGCAGGGUCACAGCUCUGCUGCCACCUAAAUCCUCCUGAACUCUGAGUUUUCGGUCGAUUUCUUUGGCUUUUACUCCCUGACUGCAGAUGGAACGUUUUACCGUGGCCGCCGUUACGCCUUCACGACUCGGUGAUGAUUCAAUAUGGUCAUCUACUGCCCUUCACUGGAAUCACGCUCUGACAACCUGAACUAGGCCUGCAACAAUUACUUUCAUGACUAGUCGAUGAAUCGUUUUGUCUAUAAAAAGUGAACAGUGCUCAUCCUAAUUCCCCAGAGCCCAAAGUGACAUCUUCAAAUUGCUUCUUUUGUGCAACCGACAGUCCAAAAACUAAAGUUUCUUGAUGUAAAAAAACAAAAA